AUGACAGUAGCACCAACUACAGCGGCACCUACAACAGCAGCACCUACAACUGCUGCCCCAACAACUGCCGCGCCAACGGCCGCAGCAGAAACAACUGCUGCACCCACGACCAGCAACAACUGCACCGGCAACAACUGCAGCACCUACAACUGCUGCACCAACAACUGCUGCACCAACGACCGCAGCAGAAACAACUGCUGCAUCCACGACGUCAGCACCCACAACUGCGGCAGCAACAACUGCUGCACCUACAACUGCCGCACCAACAACUGCUGCACCAACAACUGCUGCACCCACAACUGCAGCAGCAACAACUGCUGCACCAACAACUGCCGCGCCAACGGCCGCAGCAGAAACAACUGCUGCACCCACGACGUCAGCACCCACAACUGCACCAGCAACAACUGCAGCACCUACAACUGCUGCACCAACUUCUGCCGCACCCACGACCGCAGCAGCAACAACUGCACCGGCAACAACUGCAGCACCUACAACUGCUGCACCAACAACUGCUGCACCAACGACCACAGCAGAAACAACUGCUGCACCCACGACGUCAGCACCCACAACUGCGGCAGCAACAACUGCUGCACCUACAACUGCUGCACCAACAACUGCUGCACCUACAACUGCUGCACCCACAACUGUUGCUCCAACGACAGCUGCACCCACAAGUGUUUCUCCAAUGACAGUAGCACCAACUACAGCAGCACCUACAACUGCAGCACCUACAACUGCUGCACCAACUUCUGCCGCACCCACCACCGCAGCAGCAACAACUGCACCGGCAACAACUGCAGCACCUACAACUGCUGCACCAACAACUGCUGCACCAACGACCGCAGCAGAAACAACUGCUGCACCCACGACGUCAGCACCCACAACUGCGACAGCAACUACUGCUGCACCUACAGCUGCUGCACCCACGACUGCCGCACGAACAACAGCAGAACCUACAACAUCUGCACCAACAUCUGCACCAACGACUGCCACUCCGACGGAAGAACCUACGACAGUUGCACCAACAACUGCUGA